AUGCGACAAUGGAAUCUCAUAAUUUCUAUACUUCUAUUGGGGAUCUUCAUUAUAUGGUUAAUCUACUAUAUAAUAUGUAAUGCAUUGGAAUAUCGUUCACCACCUCGAAUGGUAUACGAAACUGAUGUUCUUCGAUAUACAAAUGCUACAUUGGGCCGACGUCGUAUUCCUCGAUUAAUUCAUCAAACAUAUCGUACACACGAUGUUCCUUCUAUUUGGAAUGCAACAGUUCAGUCAGUUAUCGAAAAAAAUCUCGGCGAGUUUAAAUAUCGUCGAUGGUCUCAUGCUGAAAUGGAUGCUUUUGUCAAGGAACAUGAGCCUAAAUUUUAUUGGAAGACGUACAUAACCUAUCCGUAUGAUAUGCAGCGUAUCGACUCAUUUCGAUAUGUUCUUAUGUUUUACUUGGGUGGCAUCUAUGUUGACAUGGACAAUGGUUGCAAUCGUCCUUUUCGUGACUUAGUAGUUACUCUAGAAUCACUUGAUCCAAAUGCAACUUAUUUGGCUGCUUUUCCUCAACGUGAAUCGUUCGGAGUUGAAAGUGAUUUUUUGAUCAGUAGUGCUGGCCAUCCAUUAUAUAGGCAACUAAUUUCUCGACUACAUCUGUUCAAUCACUAUUAUAUUUUCCAGUUUUGGACAAUGCUACUCAGUGCCGGUCCUAUAUAUGUCUCUAUUCAAGAACGACUUUUCACAUCAUCGGAACAGGCAGUUGUACGUCUGUUGGAUUUUAGUGUCUUUCGGCCUAUGUUUAUUAGAAAAGAAAAUGGAUUUACAUGGAUUGGUCGAGAUGCUCAUUUUCUGUUCUAUAUUAGUGCCAAGAGUGGUAUUAUUCUAUGGUAUUGCAAAAUAUUUAUUAUCAUUAUUGUUCUUUUUACUUUAAUUAGAUGGUGCAAACAAAAACAAAAAAUAACUUUUAAUUAUAUCUAUUCUCGUAAACGAUGA